AUGGCAUCAGAAACAAUUUCUCCAGUAGAUUAUAUGAAACUCUUAGACGAGGCUUCUUCAACCGUGAAGGGACUUUUGAAGGAUCACCCAGAAUUGAGCCAACCUCGAGUAAUGAUUAUAUGUGGAUCUGGGUUAGGUGGAAUUGCGGAAAUAUUGCAUCCUGAAAGUAAAGUGGAAGUUACAUAUGAUAAAAUACCAGGAUUCAGGGUUUCUACGGUACCAGGCCAUGCUGGAAAGCUUAUUUUUGGCUUAAUUGGGUCUAACAAAGUCCCUGUAAUGUGCAUGGUUGGACGUUUGCAUUUUUAUGAAGGUUAUUCUUUUCAAGAGACUACUUUUCCUGUCCGUUUAGCAAAGCAAUUAAAUGUCGAAACUCUUAUUGUAACGAACGCUGCUGGCGGGGUUAGAUCAGGAUUCAAGCCUGGCGACUUGAUGAUUAUUAACGAUCAUAUUAACUUCCCUGGAUUAGCGGGCUUUCACCCAUUGAGAGGACCUAACUUAGAAGAAUUUGGACCAAGAUUCCAGCCCUUAUCCGACGCCUACGAUUUUGAAUUAAGAAAGUUAUUUUUCACCAAGGCUAAAAAGGAAUUAGGAAUAUCUCGUUGUAUUUAUGAGGGUACUUAUUUGUUUGCUGCUGGCCCAACUUUCGAGACUAGAGCUGAAGUGAGAAUGAUCAGGAAUUUAGGUGGCGAUGCUGUAGGCAUGUCGACGGUGCCUGAAGUUAUUGUUGCUCGUCAUUCUGGUUUGAGAGUUUUGGCAUUAUCCUUAAUCACUAAUACUGGACUUGGUGAAGAACCACCUAGUGCAUUUGAUGAAAAUCCAAGAAAGUUGGAUGAAGGUAUGGCCAGUCAUGAUGAAGUCUUAGAGUCUGCUAAUGAAGCAUCGAAAGAUGUUCAAAAGAUUUUUGAAGCCACUAUUAAUGAGUUAUAG